AUGAAUAUAGCAGAGGCCACGGGAAGCACGCAAGUCCCUACGAGGGCAACCGUCGUUGGCAUCAUAGAUUUGGCCGUCGAAACGGAGAAAGCCGCGAGGAGCAUCGAGCUGCUGGAUACAAAGCAGCAUUGUCCAACCCUAACACAACGAGACGCGGCCGUGAGCACGCCAAACACGAGCUCCGGCACAUGGGCCGUGGCAGAGAUGCGCACGUUCCGCUCCUGA